AUGACUCAAAACAACUUGCCACCAGAUGCACCAUCGCCAAGAUUGUGUGUGGUGGAAAAACGAGAUGGUGAAAAAGAAUAUGGAUAUAAUUUGCAUGCUGAAAAAGGACGCGGACAAUUUGUCGGACUUGUUGAUAAUGAUUCACCAGCUCAAAGGUUAGUUAUUCUGAGAAAAUUAGGGUACUUUACAACGGUAUUUUUAAGUUCCGCAUUGAUUUCGUAAACUUUCGUAUUUGACAGGAAAUGAAGGUUUUCCGAAAUUAGUGAUUCAAACAUCAUUUUUCAUCCCUUUACAAACUUUCCACCGGUUCUCGACCGAAAUUUCAAUGAAAAAUAAGCGAAACAUGUGUUUCUAACAGAACUCGAGUUGAAAUAAAACUAAUUUUUAAAAGGGUAAAAAGAAAAAACAAGAAAAACAAGAAAAACAAAUUUCGGGAUUUCGAAAAAAUGAUGUGUUUCUCUUGCACACUCCACACGUCACACACUCUCUAGGUGCGCGGUAGAGCAUGUUUGCUUGUUUUGAGUUGGAAAAUUUUUAUUUUGUGAAAAUAUUCUCAAGAAGUUUUCUCAACUCAAUUUUUGCAAUGUGGAAUUCUGAGUUAGACAUUUUAUAUUCGCUUUUUAAAACGAGAAAAGUGAGUACUUCAUACAGUUCGUGAACACCAGAUGAUUUCAGUUUUUUGUGGUAAAAAAUCGUACCAAAAAACUGGACGAUGACUCCAAAUGACAUUACAUCUGUCACAUUCUUUCUUCACAUUUUCCCUCAAAAUUUUCCCAUUUCAAAUUAAGUUUCCUUAGAUAUUCGUUAUUUUUCUAGAGGUGGAUUGAUCCAAGGCGAUCGAAUUUUCGCCGUCAACGGUCAUUCAAUUAUUGGCGAAACUCACAAAAAAGUCGUCGAACGAAUCAAGCAAAAUCCAGAACGUUGUGAAAUGCUUGUAAUCAAUGAAGAAGGAGCCAAAUGGUAUGCUGAUCAUGGAAUCGAAGUAUCAUUGGAUCUUCCAAAUAUUCAUCGAAUCAACCACGAGGUUUGUUUUUUUUCUUGAUUUUUUGUCCAAGACGUUCUCAUGUUUUGUCUCUCCUUCCUGAAUGAAUGUCUCCUUUGUCAGAAAUCUCGUCCAAAUACAUCGCCCCCACCAAAUGGUUCCUGGUAUGCGCCAACUUUUUUGCAGGUUGGUUAAUUUUUCUCUCUUAUGAGUGACAAAAUAUUUGUAAAGUGUAAUCUCGGGAAAAAAGCCGCGAGUUGAUGCGAGUUUUCAUCCUAUGAUGCGGGUUCGCAUCAGUUUGAUGCGAGCUCCCGUCACUUUUUUGCAAUGCAUUUGAAGUGAUGCGAGCUCGCAUCAAACUGCAAAAAAGUGACGGGAGCUCGCAUCAAACUGAUGCGAACCCGCAUCAUAGGAUGAAAACUCGCAUCAACUCGCGGCUUUUUUCCCGAGAUGUUCUUCAAUUUUUGUGACACAAUUUACACCGCACUAUGUACUUGUAAAGAAAAGUGCUUUACAAAAAAACUAUGGUUUCGAGUGUCCCGGGAAAUAUGCGUUUCAAAAAAAGUGAUUAAUUUGGUUUUGAUAAUGAAAAUGAUAUCACAAGAACUAAUUUUAAAAACAAUUCAAACUUUUUUUGUUUUAUUUGUUUUUUUUUGUCUUUUGAUGCUUCAGACAAUAUAGAAUUUCUAAAUACAACAAAAAAGAAUGAAAAAGUUUAUAUCUAACAGUUUGUUGAGGCACAUUGUGUAACCAAUGAAUAAUAUUAAUGUGUUUGUCGAAGAAAAUCGUAAAUGUAUGAAGUGGCGGGCCAGAAAAGAAUGUGACCGACCAUAUAUAUUUGAUAUAAAAUCAGCAUAUUCACAUAACUGUUAUCGAGCAGAAAAAAGAAGGAAGAAAUAGAAGAAAAAGUUAUGGAGACUGAACAAAAUUCCUACACAAUUUCAUAUUUUCUCCUCAAAAUCUACACCUAUUUCGCUCAUUUAUUCUCGUGGCUAUUCCGUCGAUUGCCGCCGAUUACGAACGAUGAUGAAAAUAGUGUGAAAAAUGAGGAGAUUGUUAGACAAUCAUCAUCAUCAUCAAACUGUCUAACAACACCUCAUUCAUUGCCUUCGACAGUUUUUGUUGAACAAGGAAAAAAAGAAGAAGAAGAAACGAAAAUCGAAGACAACACAAAAGUUUUGCGAGUGGAAACAUUGCCUGAAGAAGACGAAGAAGAGGAGGAAGAAGAAUCAAUAUUUCGCACUAGUUUUUUGCUUAAAACGUUGGUGUCAUCAUCGCCGGAAAUAGAUAGUAGUAGGUAUGUACUCAUAGUUGAAAAAAAGUAGAUAGAUCAAUAAAUAAAUAAAUCAUGACUCAUUCUCUCCAUUUUUGGGCGCCCUAACGAAAAAGUAGAAGAAGAGGAGGAGCAUACUGUCAUAACCUUGUUGGCUGAUAGAAUACCUAAACUAUCUUGGAAGAGUGAAUCUGUUCGAGUUAAAAGAAAACGUGUUACGAUGGAUAUUCGAGAACAGGAGAGAAAUGCUAUUCGAGAAUUUGAUACGAUGUUGAUGGAUUAUAGCGAUGUUAGAGAGGUUGGUUUUUUCAAGAUCACAAAAUUUUUUAAAAACAUUUUGGUUGAAACGUACAUUUUCCCGGGGGAACCAUAGUUUUUUUUCGAAAUGGUGUAAAUUGUUAUUUGAGUUCCUAUCUGAAUUUUAAACGACAACUCGAUAAUAUCAUUAAUUGGCCGAUUUUUGAAAUUUUCAAGGCGAGAAUUGUUUAUUUUAUUGGAAGCCUAACAAAACGUAGUUUCUGAAAUCAUUUAGUUUCUUUCUCUUCUGAUAAAUUUUAUCGUCCAUCGUUUUCUUAUCCAUUUUUCAAGUAAUUUGUGGUAAUCGGAAAUGAUUGUCAUAACAAUUAGUGAAUCCAAUGCUGGAUACAAUGUUAGUAUACACAAAAUAAAACUUGUUUUCCAACUGAUAUUGAUAUUUAGAAGUGAUAGUGAUAAUAGCAACAUUGUUGGUAGAAAAAGAAACAUUGUUGGAAGGGUUAUUUGAAAUAUUAGAGUGCGAUAAACUUGACGAUUUAGCUUUUUGAAAGUUUCGGAAUGAUUUGUCAUGGUAUUUUCCAUUUUUGUGUGCAUUUGAUAACCGCAAUAAAUCAUAAUCGAAUAUUGAAUAAUCAUAAUGAAUGCUACUGUAAAUGAGUGUAGCACAUCUUUCAAUCUUAUAUUGUUUCUAUUAUCCUGAAAUUUUUAAUCUACUUUUUUUUCGAAGAUUGACUUUUUUCCCACAAAGUUCACGACAAUUAAACUCGAAAUGGUUUCAAUUUCCAAAUUAUACAUUUCUCUCAUUUCUUGUUUUACAUAUUUAAUCGAAUAUUCAUCUGAUUGACCAGAUAUUGAAAUUGUAGUUACCAAUAGAACUCCCCAAAAAGUCACCCAUAAUAAACAGUAUAUAAAUUUCCAGCCUCGAAAGUGAAUAAGUAAACUAGUAUGAAAAACGAAAAUAUAUCGAUACACAAAUAGUAUCGAUAGAAAUGCGAUUGUGAUUGCGAAUAAACCAACAUAGAUUGCUAGAAAUUUUCAGGCAUUAGAUAAAGUUUUGUUCUCUCAAACAAAUUUUGAAAUCUGUGCUCACCUAAUAAUUCUUUUCCGAAAUCUAAAAAAUUAACAGUCGUAAAUAUGAUGUACGAAGCAUUAUAAUUGUGAAUCAACUGAAUCAUUCGACUUUGUCACAUAAUUAUUCACAAGGUUUCCUUACCGGAUAAACAAUGAAUUCCGAAGAUGCGUAGAUCAAACCAAGCAAUGCAUUUGUGAUGAUGAAAUGUUUAUAAAAUCCAAACUUAUUUCCAAUCAUUAGUAAAGUUAGAAGAAUUAAUGAAACAUUGAAGACAAAUGUAGAAUAGAAUGCAAUAUCUGCUGUUAAAUGUGCAAGGAAAAUAGAAUUGUCAAGCAUAGUAGUGUUAGAAAGAAUUUAUGAUCUAGAAAUGUUAUAAAAAUAGAAAUUAUUUAAAUUUCCGGUUAAAACCGUUAUGGUAAUGCACUUUUAUUUUUUAGAACAUAUAGUAAAUAUGAAAGUUCUCACGUCAGGCUACUUUAAAAUCGAUCAGAAGAUUACAAUGUUUCGGAUCAGAAAAUUAUCAGAGUUCAAAUGUGUGCAUUCAAUGAAACUAACUGUAUCAUCUAUUAAGUUUUUUUUCUGGUGAACAAUUUCCCUUGUGCGGAAAAAUGUUCAAGUUAGGUCUUAUUUCCUACAAAUUUCGGUGAAAAUUCCAUUGUUGCAAAUGCAAAUUGAAAACAUUUCAAAAAUAAUUGUUUUAUUUUCGAAACUUUGGUCUUCAUAAUUUUAUUCUUUGUUUCAUUCUAUUUUUUCGAAAGUAACCUGAUCACCUCCGCUAAUUCAGUAUUUACAUACGUUCUGCACUAAUUGUUUUUCAACCCCGUUAUCCCAUUUUCCUCCGAAGGUCGAUCAUAACAGGAAAUUGAAAAAGUUUACAACACAAACAAAAAUAUUUGCGUGUUUUCCAGCCAUUAGUCAUCUUUUUGAUUAAUUUUUAUUGCAUUCUCAAAAAGCUACCAAAAUGAUGUACAUUUGUUACUACACGGUAUUUCAAUUUGGUUUUUUUGGCCGCGCGAAAAAGGCGUGAAGGAAUGAAUUAUUUGUCAAUAUAUUGUAUUACUGUUGUCUGUUCUCACGUUUCAAAAAGAUUUUCUAUUUUUUUUUCAUUUUCAAAUUGCAAAAUUAUUCGGCUUUGAAGAACAAUUGAAAAUGAAAUUCGAUAUUAUUAGAUAUGAAAAAAUUUGCAUUUUUUUGGCAGACAAAAAAUCGAACAUUUAUUUGUUAGAGGAUAGAUCAAAUAAACCAGCAUAACCUGAAAAGGUGAACAAAUAUUUGAAAGAAGAAGAGACCCCAACCCUGCCUUUAUUAUUGUUAUUACUCAUAAUAAACAUUUGUUAUUUGAGAAAAUACUUUUAUGUUUUUCUUCAUAAAACAUUUUGAGAUUUUGUGUUGCAACAAACUUUUGGAAGAAAACUUGUUUUUUUCGUCAUAUUUGAAGGCCGAUUUAAAUUUUAAUCGUAUUUGUAUUUGGUCAGCCAAGGAGAAAUGUCAAUAGUUUUUUCCUUUUCAUUUUCUCGAGCUUUUUAUCAUUUUUCGGUCAUCAUUAUGAUGUCGAAGUUUUUGACAAAGAAAUAUCGCUAAGUUCGGUUUUUUUCAAAAAAAAAAUCUGUGGACAACUUUUUUGUAAUUAUUCCAAAGAGUGGUCCGAUUCGGAUACGACAAAUACUGUUUUUCUGCGAAAAUCGAACGGUUUUAAUUUUUUUUUUUUUAUUCACUUUUGUCAAAAAGAAAUAUGACGUCCCAAUCAGACCUAAAGUCCGCUCCAAAACAAACCUCACCCAAGAACCUGGAGUAGUGAGUGAAAAAAUGCCCAGCUGGUUUUUUUCCAAAAUUGCCCACCUAGCGCUCGCCAUGGCGAGCUUUUUCAAAAAAAAAAUCGUUUUUUUUUCAGUGAAAAUAGCAAAAGCUUCCUGAAAUCCCUCUCCCUCUAUGUCCCCUCCUAAUUUCCCUCGCGCCCCGGGUGGGACUCGAACCCAAACCCUCCACGCCACGUGCGUUCAAGAGACGCACGUGUUCACCACUAGACCACCGACCCUGUUGAGAACGAGGAGGCGAAUUUCCAAGACAACAAACACUUCUGUGCCACCUACUUUUCUUUUUAUUUCACAUUGUGAAAAAAACUGAAUUUCAUUUUCAGCUUUUUCAGUAUUUAGAGUGAAUAUUUGCGUGUGGAAUUAACUAAGUAGCUUCCUAAGCCUAGUUCCCAGCUACAAAUAACAAUGGCCAGCUACUUUUUUGUUUAAAGGCCGAGAAAACCGAUGACCUGAUUUCUCUUAUAACGUUAGAACAUUUUGGGUGAUUUCACACUUCAAACUUUUUGAGCUUUCGGAGUGAUUUUGAGCAAAAAGUUUGUUUUGGGACUAACAUUAUUUUUGCUUGUAGAUUCAUUUGAGCUUUUCAAAAUUUCUGAAAAAAUGAUUUUGACAUGAGUUAUGGAAAAUGACCAGUAUUUUACUCCAGGUGAUAGGUUUGCAAAAAAUUGAAAAAGUUUGCAGGUGGGAGAAAAGUGAAACUAGCUGGGAAUCGACUUACUUUUUGAUAUUAAGAAACAAAACAUCAAACUUUUCCUAGGAAAAAAGUCAGAAAACCUGAAAAACUGAAUUUUUCGUAUUUUUUAGAUGUUUCCAGCUGGCCAUCGGGAAAAUAAUAGUUGAAAUGAAUCUAAUUUCUGAAAAUUUUCAAAGAACAUCGUUGGAAGUAACAUUUUCUAACCAACAAGAGAAAAUUAUAGAAUUCAGUGAAAUUUUUUCGACGAAAAAUUCGAAAAAACCUUCGAAUUUUUUAAAAAUUUUACCCACCUACAAAAUUUUUUUUCAGUUGCCCACCUGGGAUUCCAGGUAUUGGGUGAGGUUUGGCUCCAAAAUUUGCCAAUUUUUUGUCCAAAAAAAUAAUGGCCUCUAAUUAUAUGUAUGUGUGCCGUUCACUUUCUUUUGUAAUUUUAUAAGGUUCCCUCGUGUCUGCGUCUCUACUUUUUUCUCACUCUCACGCGUUUUCCAGUGUCAUCAAAUGUACCAUAAGGACAAGGUUAUCCUUACCUGUUUUUUUUUCCAUAAAUACCCAGAUAGUUUUUGUCAAACAAGCAAGACGAGUAAAAUUAUUCCGUUUUUUCUUGCAAAAUAAUCCGCAAUAAUUAUGUAUUUUAUGUCGAAAAUUCUUGUUUCGACAAUUAUUUUCCGUCAUUUAUUUCAUGUGUAUUUACAUAUAUGUAUUUUUUCGCUCCAUUUUCUUUCCUGUAAAGAAAGAAAUGAAACGUUUUCACAUUUAUGUAUAAAUAUUAUGUGUUUGUUACCAGUUGGCGCCUUUUUUAGGAGGAGGCAUGAGAAUUCCUGAAAAAAAUUGAUUUUUCUUUUCAGUCGUCGGUUGGAAAAUCAGCAGACGAACCAGUGUUUGUCCCACCACCGCCGCCACAUCCACCAUCGUUUGAACGCGACGAAAUGACACCACAACCAAGAUUGGCGCAUUUGGCGAAAUCGUCGCCAUUGGAUGAAUUUGGUUUCAAUUUGCACGCCGAAAAGAAUCGCGGACAUUUUAUUGGUGAGUUUUUUGAAGAUUCGACUGACUCAGAGAUUCGCUGGCCAGCUCGCCACCAGAUCGCUGCGGCCACCUGGAAACCGCAUGGCCGCCAGGUCGCCUUGAGUUUUCCGGCGACGUGGCCUGUGUGUUUGAAAUCCUGGAAAGCUGGCAAGAUAGUGGUUUGUACUCAAAACACUGCAUUUUCUACUGUUUUUUUCACUUCCUAAGGUUUCAAGUGCUGCGAAAAAACAUAAACUGAGCCAAAUGUUUCGAAAAUGCCUCAAUUCACAAGUUUUAAGACAUUUUCAUGAAAAUUCAUUUUGACGUGGCGAAGUGGCCACCACGUGGUAGCCAUGUGGCCGUGACCUAGCCAGAGCCUGGCCACCUUGCCAGCGAAAAAAACCGGGCGACAUGGUUUCCAUGUGGUUCCCAGGUCAGCCAGCCUCCCCACCUGGUAGCGAGCUGGCCAGGGAAUCUCUGAGGAAUUUUGAAAAUAUUACACAUUAGUGUUCAAAAAUAUUCGCUUCAUAAUUAGAUUUGGAAACUUUUUGCCACAUGGCCUUUUGAAAUUAUGAAUAGAAACAUAAAUUUGGAAAAUUCAAUAUCCGAUAACUAUAAGUUAAUUUUGAUUUUUGGGUUUAAAACCUACAGUAAUUCAGUCUAUAUUGCAAACAAAUCGCUCGAUAAAAAAUUAGAACCUCAUGAAAAAAUCAGAAGUUCCGAAGGUUGAAUCCAAAAAUAGUUAUAUUGUAUUUCUCAUUCCCAUUUCUCUCACAUUUUUUAACAAAAUCAAUAUUUGUAGGAACCGUCGACGCUGGAGGAAUUGGUGAAAAUGCAGGACUCCGAAUGGGUCAACGUAUUGUUGGUGUCAACGGUCUUUUGAUCUACCCAAAUACACCACACAAAGAUGUUGUUGCACUCAUCAAAAAAUCGCCAUUAUCCACAACUCUUUUGGUUGCAUCAGAAGAUGUUGAUAAAUGGUAUCGUGAUAAUGGUUUCGAAUAUUCGUUUGACAAUGUCGAAAAAUUCAAUGAUCAUCCAGCUCCAGAAGUUGUCACAUCUCAUCACGAAGAAGUUCACCAUGAAGAGAUUCAUCAUCAUAAUCAUAAUCAUGAAGAUUUGAAUCCACAUGUAAGUUUUUUUUGUUUAUUUUGAAAAUUGGCAAACUCAAAAAUAAAAAAAAACUCAUGAAAGUAAUAUCAAACAUUUGAAAUAUUUUUGAAAAAAAAAUUUUAAUGAUUUUUUUGGCUGUGAUAAAUUUUUUUCAAAAAUUUGGCUCACGAGGUCUUGAAAAUAGCCCGAGAACUUGAUUUAAAUUUUUUAAUAUGUUCAUAUUUUUUCUCAAUACUUCUAAUAAUUUCUCUAUUUUUCAGAGCAUUCAAGUAAACGAGGAACGUGAAAUCAUCAGAACAACAACAGUCAUCACAAAUGGAACCAACAAUUAUGAUUAUAAGGUAUCACAAGAACCAAUAACUAUUUUAACGUGUUCAUUUUUAAAUGUAAGUAACCACCCAAUUUUUGAAAGAAACACCGAUUUUUGCUUUUCCCAAACGGGUUGGUUACUUCUACAUUUUUUUGAAACACGUCAGCUUUUCAUUUUUUUUUUCAACUCAAUUCACUUAAGUUUAACACUAACUGCUUAAUAGGAUGAUUUGUUGGAUCAAGUGUUUGCUGGAGUUCAAAUCGCUGAAACCACUAACACUGUUCAAGUGCUUAGCCACACGCAAGAAUUGUCUGAAACUGGAUCGACUACCGGAUCAUUUGCCUCGUCGCACAGAGAAAGUGCUGUUGAUGUGCCAAUUGAUCAUAAGGUAUUUUUGAGUUUGCCUAACGCUUUCUUCCUAUUUUCUCACCAAAAAUUAUCAAUUAAUUUUCUUAUCCAAUUAACUUUUUUGAUCAACAAUUAUUUAUAAUUUUUAUCCGAGUUUUUUUUUAGUAUGUUCCUUCGUAUGUUUCACCACAACAUCAUCAUCAUCAAAAUCAUCAAUCGAAUCAACAACCAUCUCCUUUGAGUAAUGGAAGUAGCCACGGAUAUGCUGGAUCAUCAACUGGCGGAUAUGAAGAUGAUGAUAUUUAUCAUUUGUCGGCUAAAGAAGCACGCGAACGACUUCGCAAUAAGAAUAGGAAACAUCAUUUGUAAGUUUUUUUUAAGGAUUGGAAAAUUCCGAAAAUUUUACCAAUCUGAUUUUUGAGAAAUUUUUUUUUCCAAAAGAUUGAUUUUUGGGUGGCCCAAUAGAACAAUUUUCAAAAAAUGGUCUGAUUUUUUGUCUCGUGUUCUGAAUUUUUCUAAUAAAAAUGUCACUUCAAAAUUUCAGUUUUUUUUUUUCAAAUUUCCGAUAUCUGAAAAGUUCCGAAAUUAUUUUUUGAAUUCCCUUUCUUCAUAUCUUUUUUCAGACACGAGAUGAGUUUGAACGAGAAAUAUCAACUUGUCAGCAACAUGUAA